AAAAAACUGUCCGUCAAGUGUUUAUGGAAUAUCUUAUUGAAAAAAAUAAAUAAAAUGUACAGCAUAAUCAAAUCUGGUGCACAAAUUCAGCCAACGAAAUAUUUCCGUAUAACACAAUUAGUAAUAAAUGAAUUACAACGACUGAAUAUAUCUAAUGAUUCAUCCGCGUAUUGCCCCUUUCUGGGCCGACAGCACCGCUUAUUGUGUAGUAGUCUGCCUAGAGCAGUUCGAGCAAACACAUUUGAAAGUGAGAGGCGAUACUCUACAGUGAUUGCGCAGAAAACCUUAACGAAGAAAAAAAUGGCAAAACUCACCGAGCAGGAAAGAUCUGAAUUACUUCAGCCAAUUCUGAAUGCUGGCUGGUCACUAGUGGAUAAUCGUGAUGCCAUUUAUAAGGAAUUCUUGUUCAGUGAUUUCAAUGCUGCUUUCAGUUUUAUGUCCGGUGUUGCUUUGCUUGCCGAAAAAUUGAACCACCAUCCAGAAUGGUUUAAUGUAUACAAUAAAGUGCAAGUAACUUUGUCUACACAUGAUGUUGGUGGUCUCAGCGCAAAAGAUAUUCGCGUGGCCAAAUACAUGGAAGAACAAGCCAAACGCCUAAUCUGAGUUAUUGAUCCAAAUUGUGUGUGGUUUUUUCUUGAUAUUGUUAGUUAUUUGAAGUUGUAAAAUAAAUGUCGCGAAAAACUUAACAAAUAA